AUGACGCGACGGGAGGAUGAGCUGAUGCUCGCAGGGAUCAUCAGGACGCGCGGGAAGGCCAGAGAGUGGCAGGCAUGUGUUGAAGCUGUGGCCACGAUGCUGAUGUUGCGGCUAGUUCCGAGCAUCUAUAGUUUUACAGCAGCUAUUACCGCAAGUCUGGGUGCAUGGAUGGUGGCUGCCCAGAUCUUUUCCGAGAUGUUAUCACAAGACAUCUUACCUGAUACUGUCAGCUGCAAUGCUCUCAUGAAUGUGGCUGAAAGAAGCAGGCAGUGGCAGACUGUGAUGCAGCUGCUGGCCUACAUGGCGGCAGAAGCAGUCAAACCAAAUGAGAUCAGUUUCACUUCCGCCAUCAGUGCAAGUGACAGCAGUGGACAUUGGCAAUUGGCGAUGGGGCUGCUGUCUGACAUGCCUCGGCAUCGAGUGUAUCUCAGCGAGAUGAGUGGUACGGCAGCCAUGAGCGCGGGCGAACGGGCCCAGCGGUGGGAAGGAGUGAUUGAGCUGAUGAGAUCAGAUUCUGGACUGCCUUUAGAAAAUGGAGCUGGUUUUUGUCGAUGUGCAGACUGA